AUGUCCGACCUGGAGCAGCGAGACACGGUAGCAGAUUGCUAUAUGCUCCAGGGAGAGGCGUACAAAUUUAGCACGACAUUUGCAUUUGGGUCAAAAAGGGACCGCCGUGCGGCUGUCGCUCGCACGCCAGCGUCCUUGACAUGUCUGACAUCACAGACCAGAUACUCGAGUCUGAAGCUGACGGCGGAGACAAAAAAACUAGAAGACUCCGUGUCUCUGGCACUGCCCUCCUUACAUGGUGAUUACGAGCUGACAACUAUUCGUGUUCAAGAACAGGAUGGUUCUCAGAAGCCACGCAGCAGCGCAAGCAAACAGCUGACUCUGUCAAGCAGCUGUACAGAUAUUUUAGUCGCUGACUGGGAUGGCCCAAACGACCCUCUCAAUCCUAAAAAUCCAAUUUCAAUUUCUUCCUCUACGGCUGCGCCUGCUAUUGGCCAAGCUUCUGCUACCUUCGGGAUUAACAACAAUGUUAUACUCGCACUCACAACAUCCAUCUUUGUGCUUGCGUACGCGUGGAAUCUUGGCUGUGGAUUCGCACGGACAGAAUACCAGCUUCUUGCCUUUCUAUUCCUCGCUGGCCGCGGAGGCAGCGCACCAUCAACUGUAAGGUUGUCGCUGGUGUUCUGGGUGAUUGCUGGUGAGCAGAAGGGAGGGGAAAGCUAUAGUUCUUUACUCCUUAGCACCGCUGUUGGGACCUGUUUUGGGACCUAUCGCAGGCGCCUGUUUCGGUCUACGUCCAUUGCCGAUGUAGUUGUUCAAAUCCUCGGUAUGCUUUUACUCCAAGAGACUUACGCCCCCUCUUGUUGGAAAGGAAAGCGCAACGGAUGCACAAAUCAGCGGUCGCCGAAAGAGCCCCGUACAGAGAAAUCCGCGCCAUUCUCGAAGGUGAACGUCGCUUCGCCCAAUGCGCCAUCAACUGCUACGUUCCCCGCGACCCAGCUACUUCCAAUAGGGUGUUUGAUCGCCGGCUGGAGCGCUCAAGCACAUACUCAUUGGAUGAUUCCAGAUAUCCGCAUCGCGCUUGCAGGAUCAGGCAUUAUACUGAAAUUCCAGCGUAUGCAGCUCUAUAUCGUUGAUGGCUUUAUCCCUCACGCUGCUUCGGUUUUUCCAUCAUUACACUUGCUGAUUGAGCUUGGAGGCCCUGGAUAUUUUGGCAUUACGGAGAGCGGAUACAAAAUUGGCCGCUGGUAUUGGAGCGCGCUAUCGUUGCGAGAUUAG